AGCGCCAUUCGUUUUUAACCUCUCCGCCUAUUGUUCAUAUUGUUAUUGUCUAACCUUGCGACACCUCGUAAACUUGUAAAUUACAAAUUCUGUUCUUUAAAAUUAUUAUUUUAUUCAGUAGUUUACAUGUGAUUGAUCCAAGAAAAGUUUAUUGUUAAAAACACUUAUGAACAUGUUAAUGCCAUAUUGUGCUAUUAACAUGUAAGUGUCUGUGAUUCCCUUUAAUGUUUACUUUUGCGUUGUAUUUAAUUUCUCGUAUCCGUUACAUCAUCCCACAUCAUUAUUUGCUUGUGCGUUUUGCAAAUCUAACAUUUUUGUAAUAUUUACAAUACAAAAACAGUUUUUCAAACAAUCGAAAAUAAUGGUUUUUGGAAGGGAGAAAGAAAAGAAAGAGCCGGAGAUAGUAAAGGAGGAUAUAGAACAAUUAUUAAUAUUCUCAGCGACCAGAUUUCAACAAGACUUUUAUGAACUUCUAAGUGAUUGGAAUGUAUAUGACUCUGAGACACCACAUGUCCUUAAAAAUUGCAUUGGAACAGUUUUAUUUGGUCCUCCAAAGGUUGAGGAAAAUGAAGAAUUAACGACCAACGAAAAUACUCUUUUUAAAUAUAAACCAGCGCAAAUGAAAAAAAUUGAUAGUCUGUACGAUAAAAUAGCUGAGCAUGGAAUACAGAAAAAUAAGAAGAUUCUUUGUGGUUUAAUAUACAAUGUGCUAUUUGAUGAUAAAGGAAUUAAAGCUGUGAUUAAAAUUAUUAAGAAGGAAGAGAAUUUUAAUGGAGAUUGCUUAAUGAAUUUCGUGAGUCCCGUUCCAGUAUUUAGAGUUUUAAAAACUACAGUUAUCGAGAAAAAUGAAAAAAAGGAAGAAAAUGAAGGAAAAGAAGAAGGUGAAAAAAAGGAAAAAAGUGAAAUAAAGGAAGAAGGUGGAAAAAAGGAAGAGAGUGAAAUAAAGGAAGAAGAGGAAGAAAUUGAAAGAAGCGAGAAUGAUAACGAAGAGAUAAAAAACGAAAUCUAUUAUAUUGACGACAAUGUAAGGGUUUAUAAAAGUUGGGAGGGUUAUCUGGAAAAUAAUAUUCUACCACCAUGUAAAAUGGUCGUGCCAUUCAAUGGAGAAUAUCAAGGAGACAAAUGUGAACAAUGGUCAGAGGAAAUGUCCUAUGUUAAGGUGGAAAUUCACAGAUCUCCGGCCUAUCGAAAUAAAGUUCUUCCAAUUUUGGACACAUCAAGUACCUUGCUUAGUGUAGCAGGUAUGACUGUUUGUGCUGCAUCUCUCUUUACACCUAUUGGAGUUGUGGCUGCUGCAGCAGGUGGUAUAGGACUAGGUGUGAGUUCUCUUUGGUCAAUAGGUAGGAGUUCGCAUACAUUAAUAGAUCGUUCGAAACAUGAGCAAUCGAUCAAUAUAACGAAUAGAGAAGGAUUCACUUGUUGGUUUACUAUUGCUUCAAGUACAUUAGCAUUUGCAUCAGCUGGAGGGUCAAUUUUGUUGACGAGGGCAAUUUCAAAUGGUGCAACCGUCGGUAAAAUGUUUCAAGUUUUGCACGAUGGCGUUCAAUUCGGUACUUUACUUGCAACUGGAAUGACUGCUGGCAUAUCUAUCUACAAUAUAUAUGAUACAUAUCAAGAAACUCAAACUGUUUCUAAACAAGAAGUCUUUAAUUUGAUAGCAAGUUUACUUGUUUUAGGAAAUUCUGUUGUUAACUUCCAAAUGACUAAAACACUUAUAGAAAAUCAUCAAAAGUCUAUUAUUGACAAUUUUGAAUCGAGCUUAAGAAGUAAUCGACAUAGAAAGGAGUUUAAGAAAAUGGUGAACAAUACCAAAUCAAUUGUUGAAGAUUCAACAAAAGUAAAAGAGCAAAUUAUCCGAGGAAUCAAUAAAAUAGAAAAUAAAGAUGACUUUUUUGCAUCAAUACUCAGAAACAAAAAGAGUUUUGCUUCUGAAGGAAUUAGACCAGCGUUUGUCGACGGUAAAAUUAUAAUUAAUGGAAAAACUUUGAUGAAUCCAGCCGAGUUUAUAAAGAGUUUAACGAAUACUUCAUCUAAAGCACCGAUUAUAAGUCCUGCUAUUCCUUCAACCAGUAUUACUAUUCCUAACAAAAGUAGUUUUGAAAAUGCUUUCACUGACUUUAUCGCGCGACAUGCAAAAGAAUUUGCUGCUCUUGUAAUACCGAAAAUAACAGACUUUUUUUAUGUUUUGACUGAUAUAAGUAAAUAUGAUAAUGCCGAUGUAAUAUUUGGAAAACUUCUCAUUCUUGCAUUGAAAAUAGCAAAAUCAAUAAUUACUGAAGAAUAUCCCGCAUCAAAUAUUUUCGUAAAAGCAGUAGAUUUUCUGUGGGAUUUCAUUAAAGCAAGCAUUAGGGAAGAAUUAAGGGGAUUAGUUGGUGAGCCAGGUCGAGAAAUAUUAAUGAAAGUGCUUAUCAGUUUAUAUUCUUCAGUUGAACAAAAAUUAGACGAAUGGGUAGCUUCUUUUAGAGAGUAUCUUAGAAUAAAAAUUCGACAAUUGGAGGAUGGACUUCGAGAGUUAAGCAGCAGUGGGUUUGAAAGAAUGAAUAUUGCCUCACGUUCACUUCUGUCAAAUGGCACAAUUUCUUAGACUUUAUAAAAAGACAACAAAGAAAUUAGAUCUAUUAUUUAUUAGUGAGAUAGUGAAGACAACUUGUUGACAAUUUGUUAGUUCUUUUUUAUGCAAAGAAAUAAAAAAAGUGCACUUAUAUUUCUAACAGUAACGCACAAGUAAUUUUAGGAUUUUAUACUAAACUGAAUUAAAAUAAUUCGACUAAGUUAGACUAAUUCAGUUGAAUUCAAUUGCUAAUGACUAAAAAUUGUAUUAAUUUAAUUUAUACAAAAAAUAAGAAGUGGAUUGUAAACAGAUGCGAUAUUUUAUACGCUUGUAUUAUUUUGAGUGAAUUAGAAAUAAAACAGUUUUAAUUAAUUGUGGUUAAUUUAAUUUAAAAGCGAAGUUUCAGAUUAGAAAAGAAAAUGGAAAAUAAAUUAAAUUAAUUGAGACGUUAGCAGUUUUUGAAACGAGAAAGGAAAAUUUCUAUUAAGACAGGUUUCGAACGAGUAUUAUUAUAUACAUAGAGGAAAAGGAAAGAGAUAAAAAUAUUUUGGUAACAUAAUUUGGUUCUGGGUAAUAAUAAAACAAUAAUCCUAGAAGUGAGUCAUCAAAUUGCAGUCUUUUGAGAGAGACAGGAUAGGAAACAGUAGUCAAUUCAGAAGAAAAUUGCAAACUUUGGAUCUUCGAUUCCAAGGCGAUAAAGAAGGAAGAAACAAGAUAUAAAAGGUGAGGCAUCAAACCUCAGUUUUUGGAGAAAGAGAGGAAAUGAAGCAGUAGUCAAUUCUGAAGAAAAUAGGCAAACUUUGGAUUUUCAACAAAAAAACAAAAUUAGAUCUACGGUUCCAAGGCGACAAAGAAGAAAGAAACAAGAAAUAAAAGGAGUUGCAGUACGCCAGAAUUUUUCAAAGCAACAGAAUAGAAAACGGUUCAUUCGACGGAACACUGAAGAAUAAUGCAAUCUGCAACUCAUUGAUUUCAAGUUGAUAAGGAACGAUAAAUCACAAAAGGGGAUAUGCAAGAGUCUUAAAACUUGGACACAUUUUUGAAGAAAGGAAUUCAUAUUAAAUGCUCUGGUCAUUCUUUAUAAUGAAGACAUAUUUUUUUUGGAGUCAUCGAAGAGAAGUCGACAACGAAACAAGAGUCAAAAGAAGACACCGUCGCGUGAUUGAAAAAUGUUUUAAAAAUCUUCGAUAUCUCGUGAAGUAUUUAGCUUUUAUUGUAUUAGGAAAUAUUAUUACUUAGCUAGGGAUUUUGAAACUAAAAAAAUGCAAAUGUAUUAGCUAGGAAAUUAUCAAAGUAUGUAAGUAGUUUUAAGCAGAAAACAAAAUUUAUUCUUCAAGAAGAUUCAUCAUCCGGCGUCAACUUUAUCUCAACAUUAAGGGGAUAAUAAGAUUCAAAACUAGAAGGAGGAGAAAACUGAAAAUCGAUUCAUCAUCUAAAUGGAGGAUUUUUAACUACUAUAAUGACGAUUUUCUUUUUUUUUUUUUUUUUUAAAAAUUUAUAACUUAGAACCGAAUAUUCUUUUGUACAAUCUUUCAUAAAAAGAUAAUAAACUGUUAAAUAAUAAAUGAAAUGUAAUAAACUAA